GCCUAUAAUAAUCAGGUUGAAGGGUUUUAGUUCAACUUUUAUGACAAUUGUUUCAAAGACUUGUUCUGUAGGCCAGUAUGGUGCUUCCAUAGGUAGUCCUACAACAUCAGUAGUGGAUUUUAUGUUGUCUUUCUUGUAAAUUGCUAUGCCACCCCAUAGACAUGCUGUUCUACAUAAAUUUGUUAGGAGUGUGUAGCCGGGAAGUUUUGUAAGUUGUAGUUCUUCCUGUUUGAGGCUGUGCUCAGACAGGAUUAUUAUAUCUGGCAAAAAUUGAUUUAGCUCUAUUGUAAGUCGGUCUAUUUUUCCUUGUAGGCCUCUUUGGAUUUUAAGGUGGUAGAUUGUAAAUAGUUUGUUUUUUCUAUGACUGCUUUGUUGGAGGUUUUGUUUUGUUUGGAUUUAUUUUGUUUUAUUAGUAUUGAUUUCUGAUUGCUGUAUUGUAGUUGUUUUAGUAAGGUGAUUUUCUACGUUUCGUGGAGAGGUAAGGCCAACUCCUCGUUUGAGGAUUUCUUAUUGCUGCUCUCCCUGUCCCCGGUCAGUGCCUCCAUUAGCCUCUCAGCCAAAAUCCUCGAUCCCUCUCCAGUCAGAUGUAGUCCAUCCCAUCCUAAAUGGUGUUUGUUAAGGCAGUUUGAAUUGUUAUCUUCAGCUGCUCGCACAUAAAGUUCAAUGCCUUAAUUGUCUCAAUGAUAAACCCCUCAUUUACAUCCUUCCAAAUCGGUAUAGAUGCCACGUACCACUUGGUGUGUGGGAAGCGCUUGAUAUUUGCUUCAAUUGUGAGCCAAACAGGGUGCAUUACGUGGUUUGGUGUUUUUGACCUAGGUAGAUUGUUUGAGCCAAUGUUCAGUAGUACCUUUGGAGGUAGUGUGGUUCUGUUUUUAAAGAAUCUACUAAUACCUUGAAUUUUCCCACCUGGGAUGAUUUCCACAUUGAUGGCCUGUUUGCUCUUAUCCUGUAUUAUACUUGUGGCAUGCUUUAGUAAGGAAUCACCUACUAUCAGUGUCCUGCUGUUCUGUACUUCACCCCCCACUCACCUCCUCCCCUCGGUCCCCUGGCAGCAGCUCCUCAUCUAUCUCCCUGCUUGGUUGUUUUGCAGCUGGCGGUACAGUCUUUGUUUGAACAGGUGGGCUGCUAGCAUCUGUGUGUCCCCGGCUGUCUUCUGCUUCUCUUCCACCGCCCUCGAUAUCGUUCACCAAAUUUUUCGUAUCCUCCUCUGCCUUUCUCCUGAUGGGGCAUGUAGGCUCGGGGUAGAUGCCCUGCGUGAAAUCGAAAAUUACAUUUUCUAGCCUAUAAAUAACAUCAGUCUUCCUUGCCAAUGCAUCUAAGACUCUAUUUCUAUCCGUUUUUAACAAUUGGAUUUCGUCUUUAAGUUCUUUUAUAUCCUCAAGUAGAAGUUUAAUUAUUUCAUCAUAAUGGUCAGUAUGACUUGUCCUAGUUAUAUUUCUUGGUGUGAGGUUACGGCGCAUACAGGUAUUAGUUUCAGAUAUAGAGUUAGUGUGAGCUGCAGAAUUAUUCAGCAUUGAUGAAAUUAGGAUGGCUUCGUCAGUAAUUAGUGUUGUACAGUUUUAACACAUCCAUGUUUGUUCAUUGCAUUCUCCUUUCAUCAUCAAUUCGUCAGUAAUGUCUACACAAUUUAUAUGGUACCAUUUGUUACGAUCACAUUCACAGGUCACUGCCCUAUCCUCAUCAUGCACUAUGAGUUUGCAGAUACUACACAGGGAGUGGUGUCGAGUGCCUAUUUCAUCAGUAUUUUUGUCGUUGCUAGUUUUAGGCUUUGUUUUUUAGUUUUCUGUGAUGUUGUAGUUUGUUUAUUCUUCAUCUUGUAAGAGUCAAUGCAAGUAGUGGAAUAUUCUAAAGCUUGUCUUUUUGUUGAGAAAGUUUAUAGGGAGAAGAGUGUGGAAGCCACAGUGGGUUCUGUCCAGUCCAGAUGCAGCCAGACUACUUGGAUGGUCAAGGUCAAGACAACUCAAGUUCAAUGCCUCAUUCACAACAUCAAGGACCAGACAUGCACAACUGUGAUUGGCCAAUCCAUGAACCAGAUCAACAUCAAGACACCAUUGAAGAUAAGUAUCACAUCCAACUCAAUGUGGAUAAUCAUAGUGUAUACUUGGCCCACAACUACACAAAACAUCCUAUUGAAAUAAUUCGGCCCAAAUCAGAGGAACUAAUCGAAGAAGAAGAAGAUGAUGAUGAUGAUGAUGAUGAAGAAGAACAACAACAACUUGGAGUAGAAGUUGAAGUGAGAAGUGGAGAAAUAAAGCAAGAGAGUGACACCUGUCUGCAGAUUGAAAGCAUCUAUUCUCUCUCCUCAGAUAGACUGAAUUCUGACCCCUCUGCUCUUGAACAUAUAAAAGUUGAAAAUGAAGAAGUUAAGGAGGAACACAUAUCUUUUGAAGCAGAAGCAGAUACAUUGAUGCAAAUUGAAGAUAUUUCUUCUGAUGUAGUAUCGGAGAAUUAUGAAAGUGGAAGUGUAUCAUCUGGACUGUCUAUACCAUACUUUGAGGAACGAGUAGGUUCAAGCUCCCAUAGGUCUGUUGACGCAACUCCUGGAAACACUAUGAUGAAAGAUUCUAAAGAAGAUUACAAUGAGGUGGACUUACUAAUUGAAAAUGCAAGGAAGAAUGUGAUUGAUGCAGCAAGUGAUAGUGAAUUAACAAAGUGUCAGUUGUGUGGUGAAGCAUUCAGCAACACUAGAGAAUUGAAUCUUCAUUGUAGAAUACACACAGCUGGAAAACAUGCUUGCAAAUUCUGUAAUUACAAAACAACAAAGAAAUCAAAUCUUAUUAGACAUUUAAAGUCACACACAGGAGAAAGACCCUUCAGCUGUGAUUUGUGUGACUACAAAGCAACAAAUAAAUCACAUAUCAUCACUCAUCUAAGGACACACACAGAAGAAAGACCCUUCACCUGUGAUUUUUGUAACUACAAAGCAAAACUGAAAUCAAGUCUCAUCCGUCAUCUACGUACACACACAGGAGAAAGACACUAUGGCUGUGAUUUGUGUGACUACAAAGCAACACACAAAUCAAAUCUUACCAGACAUUUAAUGUCACACACAGGAGAAAGGCCCUUCAGCUGUGAUUUUUGUGACUACAAAGCAACAAAUAAAUCAGAUCUCAUCAUUCAUCUAAGGAUACACACGGGAGAAAGACCCUUCAGCUGUGAUUUGUGUGACUACAAAGCAACAAGGAAAUCAAAUCUCAUCACUCAUCUAAGGACACACACGGUAGAAAGACCCUUCAGCUGUGAUUUGUGUGACUACAAAGCAACAAGGAAAUCAAGUCUCAUCACUCAUCUAAGUACACACAGAGGAGAAAAAUACUGUAGCUGUGAUUUGUGUGACUACAAUGCAACACACAAAUCAAAUCUUAUCAGACAUUUAAAGUCACACACUGGAGAAAAAUGCCUCCUGCUUUAAUUUCUGUGAAUAUGAAUCUAUAAGCCUGAUAUUGUAGAUUCAAAAUUAUUCUUUUAAAAUUAUAUCAGACAUCUUGUGAAAAUUAUGAGUUACUCAAAAUUCUAAUGGGUAUUCAAAUCGAUUUUGAACAAUUAAAUUGAUAAUGAGGGUAGGACCAGGGAAUCCUUGAUGAUCCUUGAUAGCCGGCUGUAUUAAAUCUAUAAGUUUUGAGUUUGUAGAAAACAAAGAAACACAAAUGGUGUCUACUGACACCAUUCCCUGCAAACUCACACAUAUUAUUCUUUGAAAUCAAUAUGGGCAAUUUUAAUGUAUAAAGCCUAGUUGAAAUAAAGAGUGGGCAUGUCUCAAUCUGAGAAUUUUGAAUGAUAUACUCCCUAAUUGACUACCUUCCUAAGAUAUAUAUAGAUCUGAGAACUUCGAUCGAUAUAGUCUACUUCCUACAACAAGAGAAUACCUUCUCAAGAUAUUAUUAAUUUAUCCAUAUUUGUAGAUAUUAUUUCAUUGUUUUCUCCAGAUUACUUGUUUUGCUUCUAGAUGAUUACUAAACAGAGUUAGAUGCACUUCAAACUGUGAGCAUUGGUUAGGUUGCAACUAAUAAUGUUAUUUGAGAAUGUGUUAUUCAAUGAAAAACAUAUUAUUUAGUGAAAUGCAGCUAGUCUCCAACUUGAUUUUUCCACAAAAACAUUGAACUAGUUGAACAAAUGCGGGAACGUUUCUACUUAGAUGAAGAGUGUGUGUAUGUGUAAUAUUAGUGUUAAGUGAUGAGUAAUUGCUAAUUGUUUGUUAAUUAUAGAUGUUUCUUUCUCAUAUUAUGAAACCUAUUACUGUCACUUGUAAAAGAAUAAUUAGAGAAAAAAAAGUAUGAAAAUUAA